CGUCCCGAGCUUCGGGCUAGGCUGGUCGGCUGGUCAUUCCGACCCCCAGUCGGGCGACGUGGCACCACACGGCCAGUUGCUAAAAUCAAUUCCGGGCGCAGAGCAGAAAAGGGAAGGAAGGAAACGAAGAGACGGCCCUCGAAAUAACGCGGCGUUGAAUUUUGAGUGGACGACUUUCUUCAAGUACAUUUGCACGAUCUGCACCUCGCUCAGCAAUGGAAUCCCAGGAGCAAAGUAAUCUCGGUGCCGAGUCAAAACCGUCAAAUAGCGAUGAACCGGGAGGGAGCGCUUAUGAAGAAAAGUUAGCCAAACUGCAGAAAUAUUUACCAUUCUUGAAUGAAACCAUUGCAAAAUUAGAGGCCAGUAAAGAUAAAGUGAGAGCUUCACAGUUGGGUAAAAUGAAGAAUCUGCAGCAGAUUCUCACUUCCCCAAAGCAGAGGAUGCGGAUUGAUACUUUGGAUAGAUGUGAGGAAGUUUUAAAGAAACUACAGGAAAAGUUAAAGUCUACUAUAUCCACCGACAAGGUGGAGUCAAAAAAUAUUGUCAAGACUGAACCAGAUGAUGUUACGGAAUCUCCCGCCAGUCCUCCUCAGUCAGAUCUCAACCCUCCUAGAUCUGCACCAAAAAUAAUUCCAGUGGAGAGGUGUGCAACUGUGGAAAGGGACUACUCUCAGGCAGAAGAAGGAUCAAGCUUGGAAGCAAGCAGGAGUCGCCUGAAAGGCCUUAUGCUUAAGACUGACUUAAAGACAUCGUCUUCAACUCCAUCCCCACAAAUUCCUGGAUUAGAUAUGGUUUUCCCCAGUCAGGAUUCAACAGCUUAUAGUCAUUCAUCACAUGAUAAUAGUCUUAAGUCUCCAACUGAAUCAGAAAAACUUAACAAAAAUUAUUCUCAUCCAACUCCAUUAAGAGAAGAAUGGCCUCGCUUAGAGACUUCUAUUCAAAGUCAACCAAGCUCAAAUGAUUGGCCUGCUGCAAGAGAUGUUGAUGAGCGAAGACUGAAUAGAGAUCUUGAUUAUAGACAUUCAAGAACAGAUGUAGAUCAUAGACAACUCCCAGGAAGUGACCGGCAUGGCAUGCAAGUGCAUUCUGUUAUGAGUCAUCCUCCCUUGUUUCCUCCCUCCUUGAACCAUUUAACACCAAAGCCUGCACUUCUUCCUCGUCACAUGCCAACUCACAAUAUGAGCUAUAACUCAUGUUCUUCAUCUGUGCAGGAGAUCACUAGGUGUGCUGAUAAAGUGGUUCUUGAAACUAAAACCUCUCAUCAAACAAUUACUUUUGCAAGUGCGAGUAGUAAAUCACCUUUGCUUCCAACUCCUCUAGAUGCAUUAGAACGAGCUGGCAACCAGUCUCGACAUUUAUCUCAACAAAGAGAAGUGUAUGAUACAACCUGUAAUUCCCCAUAUCUACCUUCAAAAUCCUUACCUAGCUCUACUUCUCAUUUGACAGAUCGGAAGAGUAUUCUGCCGGUUUCUUCUAGCUCCCUUCCUCAUAAUGCUCCUCAGGGUGAAAGUGUCAAACCUAGUGCAAGAGAGAGAAUCAUGCUGAGGCUUGAUCAAGUAGAGAAAUUAGGUGUUAGCAGUGGUGGUGCUCUACGAAAAUUGAAAGCAGAUAUUGAGAAAGGAAAAAGAAGGCCCGGAGAGACAGAGCUGUCUACCAAUGAAGAAGCAUGCCAAAGAUCCUUAGAUGUACCAUUAAGACAAAUUGACCCCCGUCUUGAAAAGGAACAGAGAAGAAGUUCCUUGGAUGAAGAGGCUCAGAAGUACAGAAAUGCUGCUAGAGGUCAUGAUCCCCCCAUGGGGCUUAGCUCUUCAGCCUUACCCCCAAAUAUGCCUAAUUUUUCUGGCCAUCCUCUUCCAUUUGGUAGUUCUCAGCCAGGUUCUGUGCAAUGGAAUCAGUCACAUACCAGUUCUCCACAUGGGAGAACAAUGUUUCAAGGCCAGCAGAGUGUAAUGAAUACAUAUUGGCAGAGCACUUGCUCAGUGAAACAGAUGAAUACUGUUACGACAGCUCAUGAUUUAGGAAUGCGAUAUCAGCCAAAAAUUCGACAAGGAAAAUCCAUGAAUACACAAUAUGAGAGAAGUAUACCAGGCAAUAUCUUAAAGCCCAAUGAGGAAAGGUUUGUAGGGCAGAGAGAACCUGAAAUCCAUAGAAGAGAAAAUGAAACCCACCAUGGCCCUGGGAAAAGACCCUUAGACCCUCGGUUAGCUUCUAUGAAACCCUUAGAGGAAAAGAAACAUUCUGAUAGCAAGAAUGCUGAUAUUAACUCUAAAAGAAAAGAGAAAACCAAAGGUAAAGAUGAAAGUGAUUUCUCUUCUCCCCUCGGCAGUAUUUAUCAUGAAGAAAAGAGAAACAAGACUGGUCAAGGAUAUGGGUUACAGAGCUACAAAAUCCCUAAACGCCCUAAAGAGCCCAGUCCUCCUAAAGAUGUAGCCCAAUCAUCUAAAAAUGUGAUUGAAUCUCGUAUUACAGCUAGGGAUCCUAGAUUAUCCAAAGUAUUACCUCAACUACUUAGUCCAGAGUCUGUCAAAGAAACCUCAUUUUCUUCUGAUCUCUGUAACAAACCACUGACUGAAAGUUUAUCAGCAGAUGCACAAUUUGAUGAUAAACUUGAACAAGAAAAUAAUGAGCAAACAAACUCCAACUAUAAAGCCCAAACAAAAAGCCCGUCUCCCUCCCCAGACACUCAUGCUGGGAGCAAUUCUCUCACUGUUGGAAAUCCCCCAGAUACCAAUGCUGGAGAUUUAAAUGUUAGCAGUAGUGGCACUCACUCUCUCAAAGCUGGUAAGAAUGCUGAUCAAGAGACUCGAAGUCCAUCACCACAGAGAGCUUUAUCUCGCACCCGUAGUCCCAAUAAUUACAGAACUUCAAGGGCAAGGAGCCGUUCUAGAUCACGAGGAAGAAGCAUUUCUAGAAGUAGAGGUAGAAGUCGUUCACGAGGCAGAUCUUCUGUGAGAAGUUCUUCAAAGCCAAGAGGGGGCAGUCCAUCUAGAUCAAGGAGGAGGAGUAGAUCUACUUCCAGAAAUAGGCUUAGAGAUAGGAGUUCUUCCUAUUCAAGAAAUAGAAGAAGUAGGUCUAGAGCAAAAUCUCGAGGGCGUAGUACAUCAAGAACAAGGUCUAGAGGUCGAAGUACUUCCAGGUCUCGAGCUAAGUCAAGGGGAAGAAGCUCAUCGAGAUCCAGAGCCAAAUCACGGGGAAGAAGCUCAUCCAGAUCCAGAGCCAAGUCACGAGGAAGAAGCUCAUCAAGAUCCAGAGGUAAAUCACGAGGAAGGAGCCCGUCAAGAACUAGAGCCAACUCAAGGGGGCGAAGUACAUCUAGAAGUAGAGCCAAUUCAAGGGGGCGAAGCACAUCAAGAACUAGAGCCAACUCAAGGGGGCGAAGUACAUCAAGAACUAGAGCCAAAUCUAGAGGCAGAAGCUCAUCAAGAACGAGGGCCAAAUCUAGAGGGAGAAGUCCAUCAAGAUCCAGAGCUAGGUCUAGGGGCAGAAGCGUGUCCAGAUCAAGAGGACACAGUAGAGACAGAAGCCCCUCAAGAUCCCGAUAUAUACCAAGAGCUAAAGAGAGAAGUUCUUCAAGGUCUAGAACAGGUUCAAAUCGAAGAAGCUCCCCAUAUUCAAAACCAAAAUCUAGUGAAGAGUUCUUAAAAUCUAGGGGUAGACAUUCCAGAUCCCGAUCAGACUCAAGGACUAGAACAAGCCCAUCUCGUUCUAGAGCUAAAUCAGUUGUUAGAGAUCAACGUAAGUCAAGAGGUCGCAGUCAUUCAUCUGAUUCUGAUAAAAUUUCAUUGGCAGAGCGCUGGAAAAGAAAUCAAAGUCCAUCUCCAGACAGGCAAGCAGCUGGAACAAAAAUUAUUUCUGGAGCUAGGAGAAGAAGUGUGUCAUCAGAUAGUAAUAAGUCUCGAGAUUCCUCCUCUAUUAUUUCGCAAGCGAUAUCUAGAACCAGAUCACAAGGUCGAUCAAGGGGUAGAUCCAAUGCUCGAUCGAGAUCUCCCGAUCAGUCACGAAGGAGUGUAUCUAGAGAGAGCGCAAAAGAUACUAAGAAGGCAGCAGCAUCUUCAAGAUCCUCUUCAUGCUCUGGCAGAAGUUCACCUCUAUUCCCUAAAGGUAGAUCAAGGUCCCGAUCUCCUUCCAAAGAACUGAAUUUUGACAAACUGUUAAGAAAGGAUCAACCUUUAGUGACAGAUGUUCCUCCCUUGAGUGUGGAUAAAGAAAGUGCCAUUAAAACGUCACAACUUGAGAAGGACACUGAUGUCAGUUCUUCUUUAAUUGAGAAUGUCUGUUCUGCUGUGGAUGUAGUUGUGGAUGUCCCUACAUCCACGUCAGAAAACAUCCCUGAAUUACCUUUUAAAGGGGAUGCUGGAAGUUCAUCUGAAGCACAUGAUGGGAACAAAAGUUCAAAGCCCUCAAGCUCGCAACUGGAGGCUGUUGGAACAUCUGUAGAACCAGGGAACAUCAUUGUUGGGCUUAUUAAAACUCUGGCUAGUCAGGAUUUGUUUAAGCAGACAAGUUUAAUUGAGCUAGCUGCCCUGGCUGCUAGUCAGCUUCCAGAAGAUAAGCGUAACAAGGUUUUAGAAAUAUUUAGAGAAAAUACUGGAGAGGCUCCCAAAGAAGAACAAUCAAAACCUCUGGAGAGUGGUUUCAAGGAAGAUUUGAAGCAUUUUAAAAACGAGGUAGAACAGAAGGGUGACCCAAUUGUGCCAAAUGCAACAUCUGAGUCUGAGACCAGCUCCACCACAAAAAAAGGGAGAAAGAAGAAACAGUCUGUUAAAGCCAAAAGUGCUAAAAAUACUCCAAGUGAUGGCCUGCAGAAGUCUGAGACUUCACCUGAAGCUUCAGAGAAGCAAAAAAAGAAAAGGGGGAAAAAUGAACUGGAGAAACUGCAUGAAGACAUAAGAGAAAUGUUUAUUAGCAGAGAAGUUGUAACUGCAACAGGUCAAAGAAGUUGCCGCAUGCGCAAAGAAGGUAAAGACACCUUCCAACCACCUAAGAGCCGUCCUGGUUCAGCAGAUGAGAAAGCAAGGCCCUCACGUAGUAAAUAUCGUUAUGAAAAUGUCAUGGAUUUUUCUGAUGAUAGUCCCUGCAAGGACCAAAUUUCAUUGGAUACCACUGGAAGUACAUCAGAUUGUCAGACAAUUGCUGACAUCAACAAAAAAAUUAGGUCUUCAAGUGAGAGUGAGGAUGAUAUGCCUUCAUCUAAGUGUCAAAGAACAAGUCCAGAUUCCUCAAACCCAGUGUUUAAAAGAAGGAAUAAAACAAAUUUCAUAGAAUCUGAUACUGAAUCUGAUUCGGCCGUCAAUGAAAUGGAAAGUCCCAAGCAACCUAAGAUUUUUAAUGAUAAGUCAGUAGAUAUGCGAUCUGGAAGUAGGAAUGUUGCUAGGAGAGGUCGAAAAAUUGGCUCAGUUUCCAGAGAUCAAAUGAAGAUGAGAGAGGAAGUGUAUACUCCUUCUUAUGAUGGUGACUGUGAUGAGGGGGAAGAAGAUGAAUCAAAAAUUGAGGACAAAGAUAUGUCUCAGAUAGAUACAAGUAAUAUAAUUCAGAUUGAAGGUGCUGGCAGUAAGCUAACUCGCAAUCAACUAAAAUUACUCAAAAAUCCAGAGGACCUUAAAAUAGCUACAAAGAGAGCUCUAAACUCCUCACGAGAGUACUCUGAAUGUGAUAGUGACACAUCAAAAUCUUUGGAGCUUUAUGGGAGCUUUCCAUUUUCUCCCGUUAAAAAAAAGAGGAAAAUAAAAAAACCCUCUGGGGUGUUACAGAAAACAGCAGAUGUGAAGACCCUUCAUGAUGCUACUGAUUCCUUGAUUUCCGAUGAAAGCUUUGUACUUGGUUCAACAUCUGAGUCGGUGAAUGAAGAGAAUUGUCUCAAUACAUCAGUUGGGAGUGAUUAUGUUGUUCACACAAUAGACGGUCCUUCAGAAAACAACAGUGAUGUUGAAAUGCCAGAAGCCCCACUUAUUUCGGGGGCAGAGCAUCCCCUCGCUCUGAAAAUGGAGGUUGUUGGUGCUGAUGAUCCUAUUUCUCCUGGGAAUCAAGAAUACCAUAAAGACCUUGAGUACACUGUUACAUCAGCUGGAGACAGAGCUUCUUGCAAAAUUUGCAAAUUUUCUGGCAAGACAAUUGUUGGACACUAUUUAUCUAGCCAUCCGUCUGAUGAGGUUUUGAUCUCCCGUCUCUCAAAGAGUUUAGCCGAUCAAGCCAAAGCAAAUGUCUGUGAUUAUAGUGAAAGUGAAUCCAAAAAAUUUACUGCAAAGAAAAGACUAUCAGCUCCCUUGAAGUGUCUUAUUUGCAAAUUUAUGGCCACUAAUUUUAUGCGUCUGUAUGAACAUGUUUCAACUCAUACUGGUGAAUAUCGUUACUCUUGUACUCAAUGCAAUUACAAAGCAGCUCAAAGAAUCUCUUUAAAAGCCCACAGAAAGGUACGACAUCCUAAUACAGAGGUGAAAGACUUGUGCAGUGUAUCUCAAAUGGAAGAAGGAUCAACUUCAAAACUUCUAUUAGCAUACCUUUGCUCUGAAUGUAAUUACUUUCAGCUGCGUAAAUCAAAUCUCAUGAACCAUAUUCAGAGAUACCAUCUCAAUUCUCCUUCAGCUGAAGCUAUUCGAAUAUGUAUAUCUGAAAAGGGAUCAUUUAAGACACAGGCUGUUACCAACAAAAAGAAAGACGUGAGUGAGGACUUGACGCUCAGGGAAGUUUCAGGGGAACUCUCUUCAGACUCAGAGCUUACAAUGCUCGAAAAUGUGGUGUCUGACUGUCAGCCUGGGGUAUCUGAUUAUCAAGCUCAGGCUAAAAUGGCAAGAGAUCCCUUGCUAGUGACUAAUGAAAGAGAAUUAUUGCACGGAGAGGGAGAAGAAUCAACUAUAGAAUCUGCUCAUGCAGAAAAAGAUCCCAUCAGUGAUGAGCCUGACAUAUUAGAAAUUCUCAUUCCCUCUACAACCAAGAAACCUUCUACCCCUGUUGAAAUGAGUAUAUUUAUUGGGUCAGAGCACAAUACUGAUGAUGACAAAAAGUUGCAGGAAGAUAGGAAGAAACUCUUGGAAGACGCUGGUUCAAAGAUAAGAGAGAGGCCCAAAAUACGAAGCUCUAUGUCUGAAAAACUUGCUCAGCGUCUGAAUUGUGGUCAAUCAACCAGUCCAAUAAGUCCUAAAGAUGUUGCUCGGAAAGAGGUUUCAACAGAGAGUUCAGUUGACACACAGCCACUUCAAGUCAGAACCAAUUUAAGAACGACUCCUGCGAGACUUGCCCAGAAGUCCACUGAGAACUCAGAGAAAAGACCUGGGAAAGGGACACCUCGGACUGCAUCUAUUAUAGAUCUUGAAAGUGUUGUUUCCAGUGAGGUUCCGGAUGAAGUCAAAGCACCUCUGCCCUCUAGUACCUUACAAAGUACACUGCAGCGCAUGCAAACCACCAUUGAGUCUCCUGUAUCUACACCAUCAACUAGCCUUGUAUCUUCCCCAUCAUCAGUUACUCCACAUAGCCGUUUGAAGUUAAAGAAAGGAUCAGUCAUGGUUGGUCCUGUGGAGGCAAGAGCAGUAGAUGAGUCUCAAGGCUUUUCCUUCUUUUGUUUAUCUCCAAGUUGUGCCUUCAGCACACCAGAAGCUUCAACUUUCCUGAAACACAUUGAAAAACAUUCAGAGAAACCAGUGUCAGCUCCUUGCAGUGUGUGUGAUGAAGGAGGCAAUAUUUUAAGAGACUUAAGGUCUUCCUUUAAUCAUCUUGUCAAGUAUCACUUAGUGGAAGUGGAAGAAAGCAACAAAGAAAGUGCUGGAACAUCAUCUACAUCAUCAAGUUCUGCAAUGUCUUCAGGCAAGCCACUGCUGAUAAGACCUCGAAAGAUGCCCGGUGAUGUCCUCUCAGUGGCAGAGAAAUUUCAACAUGGUGUUGAAAGAAGUGGUUUGCCAUCUCUUGUCAUCUCCAGUGUCAUAAGCUUGUCUAAGGAUCACACUCCAGAUGGGACUCCAAUAGAAAUGCAGGGCCGUCUAGUAACUACCCCUGGCAGUGUAGAUGGAAGCAGAAAAUUUCUUACUGUCCUCAAGAAAGAUCCAACAAGCAUGUCGGAAAUGAUGAAAUUUGAAAAGAUUUGUCAUCUUUUUAAAUGCAUGGGUCAACAUUGUGCCUUCAGCUCAAAUAUAAAGGAAAUAUUUGCAGAACAUUACCAGAAACACCUCUUAAAGGAACUAAAACUUAAUGCACAUGCAGCUUCAGAAAUAUUUGAAUGGCAGAGAUGUGCUUACUGUGGAGACCUUAAAGACUCUGGAGAGGAUUUAGUUGACCACAUUCUGAUACAGCAUGCUGUUCUGAAAUACCAAUGCUCCGGUUGUUUUUAUAGAGCAGCUUCUAUUGCCUGUGUCAUCUUUCAUCAGACCAAUUCACAUUGUAGUAAUGUAAUGGUGUUUGAAUGUACCUUGCCACAAUCUGUUAGUGAACAACAGCUAUCUCAACUGUCUCAAAGAUCGCUGCAAACUGACCAUAUUCAAGUCUAUAGAUGUGGUCAAUUUUGUGAUCGAGGAGAAUGUGGGAAAGUAUGUGUGUCAUCAGAGGAAUUUACUUCACAUCAGCAAUCACAGCAUCCCUCUGAUAACAUAUUUUACUGCAAAGAGUGUGGCCUUGGUCUGGAUAGUUCAUCAAAAUUAAUACAUCAUUACAGUACUUCUCAUUCAUACAGAAAGUACCAUUGCUUGUAUUGUCAAAAAGCUUCAGAGACCAAAGAAGAAAUAAGUUGCCAUAUGUGUUUAGAUCAUCCAGAUCGAAAAAUGAUUGUGACAUCAAGAACACGCACUGAGGAGAUGAAUUCAUCCCCUAAAGUACUAAGGUUGCCCAGUGGCUAUGUGAUAGAAGUUCUUGAUCUGGAUGAUGUUUACUCCCAAUUUCCUUGUACCUUUACUGUUUCAAAGAACCAAGAAACAGAUAAUAGCAAUGACCCGAUUCUCUUUGACCAAAGCUAUACUGCACCCUGUCAUACCUAUGACAUAGGAUCUAAACUAUCAUGGACUGUCAAAUCAACUUGGCACACCUCCACCUCUCCAAAAAGUUUUCCUCAAAUUGGUGUUGAAGUUGGGACAGAGAAAUGGGACACAAAUCAGGACAUUCUAGAACUUAGUGGUAGAUUAUCAGAACAAUCACCAUUGGCUAUUACAAGUAGCAAUCUCUCUGAUGCUGAAGGAAAUUUAAAAGAAAAGGAUCCGAAUCUGAAGACUGAUCAGUUUGAUAAACCUUUGAGCAUUGUUAAAUCCAACAAGGACGAUAAUGUAACUAAUCUUUCUGGUUUGUCUUUAUUUGUCUGUGGCUACUCAGGUUGUCUGUUUAGAGGGGAAACGGCAUCUGCCCUUAAAAACCAUUUGCCCAUUUGCGACUUUGCACAAGAUGCUGGGACUUUGUCAUGUGUGCAUUGCAAAAAAGAUUUUAGAAAUCCAUCUACCUUGCUAGAGCAUAUGCCAAAGCAUGGUGUUCCCCGUUAUGUAUGUGGUUUGUGCGAUGAUUUCCGAACAACCCACCCAACUAUUGCUCAUAGGCAUGUUCGAAAUGUUCACAAAUUAGCUGCAAUUGAUAUGGUUCCUUCAGAUCCGGACAACCCAGAUGGAAUUCUUAUUCUACGUCCAAAGGACAAUGUAAGAAAGAAAGUUAAGACUAAAAUUCAGCAAUCAGUAUGUAAUAAAACAAGCUUUGGACCUGAAGAGAAACAUGAACUUCCCUUAUCAGCGGUUUUUACCUGCAAUGUUUCCUGUAAAGUUUGCAAUUAUGCUACUAAAGUGCGAAGUAACAUGUUGAGGCACUUGGAACAGCAUGAAUCUGGGUGUGAGCCCUCUCCAGUUCCUGUCCUUAAUCCUGUUCCUUGUCUGGAACGCAAUGAGAAAAUGUUUGACACUAUGACAAACCAUGCCAUAAGCUCAACAAUACCUGUAAGACGUGAUAGCAAUGCCUUCAAGGUUCUUGAUGAGCCAAAAUUUGUGCCUGAGAACCAGAGAUUUGUGUGCUGUGCCCCAGCAUGCCAACAGAUUUCAUCAGAUGAUGCUAUGUUACGCCACCAUAUUCGUGUUCUACAUCCAGAAAUUCUUGUUUAUAAAUGUCCUCACUGUCCAGAAUAUGAGAGUGAUAGUAGUAAACAACCUAUCAUGGUUGAAAAAUUGGGCUCUCAUCUGAAAAUGCAUGACAGUAGACUAUACAGCUGCUUAGGUUGCAGUUAUUACCAUUAUCAAAGGCACAUUGUGGAACGUCACACUGGUGAAAAGCAUCCAGAUCAGAAGCUCAUUAGAAUAGUAAGGGAGCCUCAACCAGAUGGUCCUAUGGAUACAGAAAAUUUAGUUGACAUUGAGUCCGAAAUUAUGGGCACUGAAGGCAUGUAUGAGUGUUCCUUGUGUUCUCUCAAAGGCAAUAAAGCAGAAGUGAUGGGUCACAUGGCUACUAUUCAUCGUAUUCAUGCCCAGUACAAAUGCACUUUGUGCAACUUUCGGGCAAAUGCUAGAGUCCGUUUUAAUCCCCAUUUUACUAAACGCCACCCAAAUGAUAAAGAAGCUUUCAUUGAAGUGUUCCGUAAGUGUAAAGUGGAGAAACUUAAUGAUGAAACACCCCAACCACUUUCUGAAAAUUCUACCCCUCCUGUGGAGCGAGUUGUCUUUGAUUCAACGCCAUUAUGGACAAGAAAUUCACCACGUGUCCGUCAUUUAAGAGGAAUCCUAUUUGAAGAAAACAGUGUGAAGCCCAGGGAAAUUGAGCAUACUGAAUCAAGGAAGGCAGAGCUAGCAUUGUCAGUUCGCAAUAAGCGUCCCUCAAAUGCACUUAGUGGCGAGGACACUACAGUUAACAAGAGGGGGAAAAGGGAUGAUGCCUCUUUUACUUGUGCCAAAUGCCUGAACAAAUUUCCAGUUCACGAAGAAAAUAAUUUCCGGGAACAUCUGCGGUCUCAUUUCAAUAGUGAUGAUUUGAGAUAUCAAUGUGUAAGAUGUUUGAAAAGUUUUCCAUCUAUUGAUGAGGGAAUAACUCAUGUCACAGAUAUGCACCAAAGACUCUUCACUGCAUCAGAUAUAGUUGAUACUCAUUCAGAAGAUCAUAUUAAUAUGGAUAUCACCCGUCAAAUGCUUGAAUUUGGAUUACCUGUUGAAGCUACUUUGAGCAGGGCUACCUCAACUCUAGGCUAUUCCCCUAGUAAAAAUAGUUCUCCUCUUCAGACAAGUUCAAACCGAAGAUUGUCUCCAAGAGGUUCUGUUGGAAGCAUUACACCAAUCACUUCACCUGUUUCUGGUACACCCUGCGUAUCUCCUAAAAAAUUUGAUUCUGUGAAAGGUAUUAAAGCUCUAGGUUCGAGAUCAGUUUUAAAGCCAAUGACACAAACUGUAUCCCAGUUUGAACAACCAAUGGAAUUGGGAACAAAACUAAGCCCAAAAACAAAACAUGCAGCAAACCCACAAGCGGAUUGUUGGAUAAAUGUCGAAGGUGAAGACAUUGAAGUAGACGAAAGUGCUCUGGAGGAAGAUAUUGAGGAAGUAGAGGAAGAAGAAACUAGUUCUGAAGAAAAUCAAUUACUAAUGAGUGGAAAUUUAGAAGAGUUUAAUAUUGAGCAGCAACCUUCUUCCUCUGCUGAAGGUUUGGAAUGUAAGUACAAAGAUACACAUGGCUGUGCAUUUGUCAGUAAAAGCAAACAAGAAUCUCAAUAUCAUGAAAUGAUGCACUGGGAGAUAAAGCCCUGGAAAUGUGGUGGUUGUGCAUAUCAAGCUAUAAAACAAUCAUCUGUUAGACUACACAGUUCAAAGGUACACCAAGGGUUGGAUUUGAAACCUGUUAAAAAUAAUUUGCCACCCUCUCCUAAAAUUUUACCGCUACCCAACCAGCGAAAGAAAAUUGGGUCAGCAACAGGAGUUGGGUCGACAGGGCAGAUGACUUUAUCUCUGGAUGAAAAACUUUCCGAAGUGAAAAUGGCUGACAUUGCAGAUGUUGAAGAAAUAUUUAAGAAUGUUCAUGUGCUGCGCUGUUGUUUUUGUAGACUAAGGGAAACAUCACUUACUCGUCUAUUUAUUCAUUGGCAAUCUUCUCACAAAAGUAACAAGUCAUUUUCUGAGAAAACUCCUGAUGGACGGAGCAUUGUCCCUUUCAAGUUUAAAGAGGUGAAACCGGGUGCCAAGGGAAUAGAAACAAUGGCAUUUAAAUGUGGUUUGUGUGCCAAAUCGGGCACAAUAAAAUUGCUUCUUGAUCAUUAUCCAUCUCGUCAUCCGGGAGAGAAACUAAGAAUUUCUGAGCUAAUACAUAAUAGAGUUCAGUGCUCUAUGUGUCCGCGACAAUUCAGUGCAAAAGCAUCCCUUAAUCACCACUUUCUGUCUGAGCAUCCUGGUGAAGAAGUUAGCUCAGUUAAAGUUAAGACAACAGAUAUGUCUGAUGAUCUCCAAACAAACAUGGCAUGCCUCUAUUGCUCCGAACCUGUGAAAUCAGCCUUGGAAAUGAAAGAUCAUCAUUUGAAUUUCCAUUCUCAUCUAGAUGCACAAUAUAUUGAAUUGGAUAGCAGUGAACCUGCACAUCAGUUUCCAAUUAAGAGAGCGGUGGCAAGGAAAUCCACCUCUAGAUUUCGUGCAGUCGCAAGAAAGUCAACUGGUGGUAGAAAAUGGCACAACAUGAGGACCUCUCCCACAAAUGUCACUGUGUCAAGUAGCAACACAAAUUCUGACUCAGACGAUGAAUUAAAUACUUCCUGUGAAGAUGACUUGGACGAAAAUAAUAUCAGCUGUUCCAUGAUGAUAGAGGGAAUAAGUAUGAGAGUCAGCCUGGCUACACUAUCAAAGUAUUCCAACAUUUAUCCAACCAUAGUAUUGAAGAAAUUGGCCCUUUAGUUGUCAUCUCUUAAUUAAUGCCUGGUUGAUUCCCGUCAGCGUGCCUUUAAUUUUCAUUGAGAUCCAUGUAUGUUAAGUUUUAUUGAAUGACUACAGUCACUAGUGCAUCUCCCUCCCCUUUCUAUGUAUAGUUUUGAGGUCAAUAAGAUUCGUUGAUUUUUUAUUUCAGUUAUGAGUACAAUCUAAUCAUGUUAAAACCUCUUCAAUCUUAUUCAAUUUUUUGUUCCUUUACCCUGUAUACUAUGUUAAAGCAGAUGUUAGCAUGUUACCAAAGAUAUCAAUGCUUUGGCUUGGUGCUAGUGAUGGUUAGUGAGUAGAAGGAAUUUUAUCCUUUGUGUCAAAUGAGCGUAAAGGAAUAUUCUUAGUAUUCCUGUUUAUCAUUCCAUUUCCAGUGAUGCACAAUGUAUUGAAUAAAUUUAUUCUUCGAUAGGAAA